UGUUGCUUGAUUUCAGAAAUGGCACGCAAGAAGAUCCGAGAGUACGACUCCAAGAGGCUAUUGAAGGAACACUUCAAGAGGCUCGCUGGUCGUGAAUUGCCUCUCAAAUCUGCCCAGGUGACUGAAUCAACUGAUUUCAAUGAGCUACUUGAGAAGGAGACUUGGCUCUCUACUUCCAAGUUGGUUGUCAAGCCUGAUAUGUUGUUUGGAAAGCGUGGGAAGAGUGGUUUGGUUGCCUUGAACCUAGAUUUUGCUCAAGUUGUCACUUUCGUGAAGGAGCGCCUAGGCAAAGAGGUUGAGAUGGGUGGAUGCAAAGGACCCAUCACAACAUUCAUUGUCGAGCCCUUCAUUCCCCACAAUGAAGAGUUUUACAUUAACAUUGUCUCAGAGAGACUUGGGAAUAGCAUAAGCUUCUCAGAGUGUGGAGGAAUUGACAUCGAGGAGAACUGGGAUAAGGUUAAGACCAUAUUUGUCCCAACCGGAGCUUCCCUUACACCAGAAGUGUGUGCUCCACUUGUUGCAACCCUUCCCAUGGAGAUUAAGAGCGAAAUUGAGGAGUUUAUCAAGUCUGUAUUUGCACUAUUUCAAGAUCUCGACUUCACUUUUCUGGAGAUGAAUCCUUUUGCAUUGGUUGAUGGAAAGCCAUAUCCUUUGGAUAUGAGAGGCGAGCUGGAUGACACUGCUGCUUUCAAGAACUUCAAAAAGUGGGGCAAUAUUGAAUUCCCAAUGCCAUUUGGAAGAGUUAUGAGUUCUACAGAAAAGUUUAUUCAUGGGCUGGAUGAAAAGACUAGUGCAUCUUUGAAAUUUACAGUCCUGAAUCCUAAGGGACGAAUUUGGACUAUGGUUGCUGGAGGAGGUGCAAGUGUUAUUUACGCAGACACGGUUGGAGAUCUUGGCUUUGCUAAUGAGCUUGGAAACUAUGCUGAAUAUAGUGGAGCACCAAAUGAAGAGGAGGUCUUGCAGUAUGCCAGAGUUGUGAUUGAUUGUGCAACUUCUGAUCCUGAUGGCCGUAAGAGAGCCCUUGUAAUUGGAGGAGGAAUUGCUAACUUCACUGAUGUAGCUGCAACAUUCAAUGGCAUUAUUAGAGCCUUGAAGGAGAAGGAAUCAAAGCUUAAAGCUGCUAGGAUGCAUCUUUAUGUUAGGAGAGGAGGUCCCAACUACCAGAGGGGACUUGCAAAAAUGAGGGCACUUGCAGAGGAAAUUGGCCUCCCUAUUGAGGUCUAUGGUCCUGAAGCAACAAUGACUGGUAUUUGCAAGCAGGCAAUUCAGUGCAUCUCUGCUGCUGCAUGAUAAUAUAGUCUGAAGAUUGCUGCUCUCUCUUGUCUAUCUUAUCUUUUUUUUUUUUCUUCUGCGGCAAGUGCCAGUGUCUCCAUACCUUGUACCAAUUUCUUUUGUUAAGCUCUUUGUACCAAUUUCAUUCUAUCAAAAACCUCAGCAAAGUUGAUGUAGUUGUAUGUGCCAAUGAGUAAUAUGAUAGUGGGAUGGUACUAUGUGAUCUUAUUACCAUAAUAAAAAGUUUAAAUUGGUAUUCAUUUUCUGUAUAUCAGAUUCCUUAUUAAUACCAAAACCUCGGCAAAUUUGAGACGCUUAUAAC